UUGACAUUUCCAGAACAACAACAACAAUUUACAAACAACAAAAAACUAACAGUGGUAGUUGCAAUAAUUUAACUCCCAGCUACUGACCCUUGAGCUACAAGUAUCUACUCAUAAAACCUCACACAUUGAAGAAGAACUUAUAUUCUAUACUAAGUUUAAUAUUCUUGUUGUUGUACAAUUGCUUCUGCUUAAAAGAAAAGAUAUGAGUCACUUUGAUGAAUCCAGUGGCAUCGUUGCAUGCCGGACAGAGUGGGGACAGUGGUGGCAGACAAUGGAGGAGGUCUACGUAGAGGUAAACCUUGAAGAAGGAACCACCGCAAAAAUGGUCAAGUGUGCAGUCACAAACAAGACCCUCUCGGUCACUGUGAAAGACAAGAUAAUAAUAAAGGGCGACUUAACAUCCAUUAUCAAAGCUGAAGAUUCCGUUUGGACAAUAGAGGAUAAGAAGCUGUUACGCCUGUGCCUGCCCAAGGCCAAGACGACCGCAGACCAGUGCUGGGUCAGUCUUCUCAAGGGUCAGUUUGGGGCGGACCACUGGACACUUGACCAGAUGCAGAAAAAGCUCACCUUGCAGAGAUACCAGUUUGAGACAGAGGCUGUGUUCGAGGGUUGUCCUUGACCAUUAGGUUGUCGUUGCCCUAUCCUUGAUCGUUCGAUGAAAAAAUCCAGGGAUGGACUUCAGUGGUGCAGAGAUCACAGGCAACUACCAGGGGGGCGGCCCAGAACUGCCUAGCUCAUAGCUGUGAAGUGGACAUAUUGUACUCCCCAAUGAAACAGUGCCAAUGUGCAAGUCAAGGUGGCUCAAUUAAAACUGCCAUAUCUAAACUUUAAAGGAUACAAGGCUUUCGCAAAUAUUCCAUCCUAUGCAAAUUAAUCUCCAAUAUUAUCCAACAUGGAUAGGAGGCUCACUGUCCUUUGGUGCUUUCAUGCAUGUGCUUAAAGUGCCUCUCAGAUUAGCAUGUGCAGUCGCUUAGGCUUAUCUGGGACUACACUUUUCGCCUAAAUUUGGAUUUUCGCAAAUAAAAUUUACUUUAAAAAAAUA